CAGCAGCCUGGAAAAUGAACCCUCAGUCAGUGAUCACGCAGCAGCCACAAGUUGUGGUUAUCCAGCCAUCACAACAGAGCUACUGGCAGACAGGCUUGUGCGACUGUUUUAGUGACUGCGGAGUAUGUUUCUGUGGAACAUUUUGCUUUCCGUGUUUGGGGUGCCAAGUUGCUGCGGAUAUGAAUGAAUGUUGCUGCUGCGGCUCAAGUAUGGCAAUGAGGGCUGUCUACCGAACAAAGUAUAGGAUCCCGGGAUCCCUCUGCGAUGACUUCUGCACUGUCUGGUGUUGCCCUCAAUGUGCUCUUUGCCAACUCAAGAGAGACAUCAAUAGAAGGCGUCAACAAGGAAUCUUCUAGGGAAAUUGAGAGUUUUGAUUGCAUUUAUAGUUCAGUUUAGUUGUUGCUCAUGUUAAGAGGUAAUGUGAAUUUUUCAAAAAAGCUUCUACAAUCGCCCAGGUAACCUGUGGGGUUAUACAAAUCUAAGUGUUUUUUUUAGCUGUUAAUUCAGUUUCUUGCCCUUCCAAUUAUUCCACACCUGCGUGUAUUUUAAUUAGUGUAUAAGGAGCAGCAGCAACUCUUUCCAAUUCAUAGUAGUAGGUGUUCCCUUUUGUGCUUGUCUCCCCUUCUAAUUUCCAGAUUCAGUUAUGUCAAUUAAGUACCAACAACGCAUGUGUAAAAGUUGUUUUUCUUGAUCUGCACCCUAACACACAUCUUGCAGAGAAAAACAAGAAGUUUCCAUGCAACAGCCUUUUCUAACUCUUCGUGCUCAAUACUAAUUUAGCCCUAUGAAGAGUUCUGUGGAUCUUGAAAGUCUGCAAUACCAAGAAGACUGGGUUAUUAUUUGACUUGUUCCAUCUCUCUAGAAUGCGACCAUCUGAAUAAACAGGAAAUAUGACAUAAAUCCUUUUCC